GAUCAAUGGAACUGCUAACAUUAAUGCAAUCAGAGCUGCUGCAGAAGAAGGUAUUGAUAUACUGAUUAGUCAUAUUAUAUGCGCUACCUCUCUCUCUUUGUGCCCCCCUUCCUUCACACACAUGCACACAAACUCUCUCUCUUUGUUUUCCACAUGAUUGAUAAUAAGUGAGAAUUAAGAGGCGCUAGAUAAUAGAAAUUGUAAGGCAUAUCUUUACAAGGCUCUACUUGCAUGUAAUCUUUUGGAAAAUAGUUGGACUAUGAGAUCAAAGAGUUAGAUGAUAUCAAUCAUCAGUCUGUUACUAUAGAAUUCUGGUUUUCCAUUUGGUCCUGACCGAUUUAUGGUUUCCAAGCUUUGUGACAGAAUAAUCUGAAAAAACUUAGAUGAUAUCAAUCACCAGUCUGUUACGAAAGAAUUCUGGUUUUCCAUUUGGUCCUGACCGGUUUAUGGUUUCCAAGCUUUGUGACAAUAAUCUGAAAAUAUUAAAUGGGUCCAUGGACUUCUAUAUUGCACCUACCGGAAUUCUCUUGUCAAAGAAUCCAUGGCAAACUGUUUCAGAAAGCCACCAUUUUAAUAAAAUCUAAGAGUAUUCCUUAUUAUUUAGCUGGAAUGUUUGGGUAUAAAUUAAUGUCCUUCAUCUUUUUCAUUGAAUAAUUGUGUCCUUGAUGAAAAAAAGGGUAAUGUGGUAAUGUUUUAUUUUGCUCAUUCUGUCACGAGUCUCUUUGUAGGCGGUGCUCAUGACUUCAGUUAUGCCAAUUUUGUUUCAUGGAUCCUGUUAAGCUAUUUCUAUGCAGGGACAUGCUUCAUUGAUUCUUCCUCCCCUCCCUUCUCCUGCUCUUUUUGUUUUUCCGUUUCUGUGUCUAAAUGUUGUGGGCUGGUGUGGGUCGAGAGGCACAGGCUAAUGGAAGCUGCAUUGAAGCUAUUUUAAUUGGAUCAAAAUAAAAUAAAACAAACUGUCUUUAACUGAAGAUGCCAGUUGAAUUACAAAGUAAUUAGGGUUUGGGAGAAGAGAAAACGAGAGAAAAGAUUAUGGGAAUAGAGUAGUGUGAUAGGUUACACAACUACAUCCAACUUUUAUAUAUAGUCACAAAGUACUAAACUACCCUUAGUCUAGAAAUAACACAUAACAUAACACUCCCCCUAAACUACGCCAACAUUAGUAGAUGUCUCAAUAGCUUCCGACAUGUCCUUCCAAUAGGAGAAAAUCAAAAAAGAGGAAAUUGAGACCCAAAAAUUGUACAACAAUGGGCAAAAAGGAUCAAGCAGUAGCCAAACACCUCAUCUGAUAGCAGCAGAGCUUCACACAGGAGGGCCUGGAACAGUAGCCCGAAAUUGGACAAAGGAGGAAAACAUUGUAGCCAAAUCUGAAAAUUGGGAAAAACACCUCCCAAAUCUGAUUUAACUGCAACAAACCUUCAUGGGCAUCGGAGAUCUACCCUUUUUUGCACCCCACUCAGCAGAAUGGAAGCAAAAACAGCAGGUGGAAUGCCCAUAAAAAUCAGAUAUCAUGUUGACGGUUAAAAAACCAGAAAAAUCUUCAACAAAUCGAAAGUCUCACCAUAUGGCUUCAAAAAAAUCCAAGAAAAUCACUAUAAAUCUCAGGGCAAAAAAAUAAAAUCUGACCCAGUCGAGUUGCUGAUGUCAGCAUUUCAGCCGCUGAUGUCACUUGUCAGUAUGAUGUCAGCCACCCUGUUUUAAGUCCGAUAAAUCUUGACGAUUUCUGACAACUCUACGGCUUUAGAUUAGAAUUACAAAGUAAUUAGGGUUUAUGAGAAGAGAAUAGAAGAAGAAGAAGAGGAGACAAAAUAUUAUGGGAAUAUAUGUAGUCACAAAGUACUAAACUACCCUUUGACUAGAAAUAACACAUAACAUAACAGUACCCAAGUUACUCCCUGGUCAAUGUGUUGUUGCUAUUAGCCUAUUUCUCAUGCUAAGAAGGAAAAAAAGAUGUCUUCGUGUGCUGUCUGACUAACCUGUUUUCUGUUGUCGUUCUAACAGUAAAUUUGAUCAGAAAGAAUGAAGGAGUGUGUGAGAAGAAUACUUAUAUAAAGUGGAGUGGUAAAUUGAAGAGUACAAGAGUAAUAAAGAGGAAUAGAAUUUUGUAUGGAAAAAGAAGAGUUUUCUGUAUGGAAAAACUAUGGAAGAUUGGACUGGAAAUAUAAUUAACAAGGAUGAUUUUUUUGGCAAAGGAUGAUUACAAGUUUAAGUAACGAUGAAAGGGAUCAAAAACCCUGGAGGCAUAGAAUGACCAAUAUAAUUUCUAGGGAAGAGCCAUUCUCUUGGCUGGCACAUUGGCAUCAGCAUCUGUGUUUGGGUGGUAUUGAGGGGAGGUGUAUCAUUGACCAUUUGGAGCUAAUCUUGUUUGGGCAAGUGAAGAAAAAUUAUCAAGAUGGGGUUAAUGGCCUCCAUGUUGUGUUCGUGACACAGGGAUCAAGGCCCUUGAAUUGGAUGAUUAUUGGAUUAAUUAUUCUUCUGAUUAAGGAUUAUUUGAUGCUGUGAUGUUUAGUUUAAAGAACAAUUGACACAAGAAUGUGUAGUCCUGUAGGUUUACAGCAUGGUUGGGCAUUUUACCAGUGGAGUGGUCAACUGAGCGUGAACCAUUAAAAUCGACUAAAUAUGCUAAAGGGUGAUAGUAUUAUCUGAAGAGUAGGUCGGAUGAACGUGGAUGAGUUGGUCGACUUGCUAAUCUGCAUAGAAAAGCCAGUCCAUGAUUUACCUAAAAACCUAACUUGAAGGAUCAUAAAGGGUACUUGAAUAUGAUAAGUAACCUCCAGAACUGUUUGCAUUGGCACUUGCUGGAUGUAUCACUCAUAUACCACCACUAAGUUAAGGAGUCUUCUGUGUGCUAUAAUCUUUACUUGAAGAGAUAAGUAAAGGUAGAAUAGAUUAACAGUUCUUGUGCCUGUAUUUCUUAGCAGUUCUUGUUCCUGUAGUUCUGGAUGACCAUAUGUGGGUUCUAGCAUACAAAGUGGAGGUGAUGAAAGCCUGAUUUGGAGUCCUUUUAAACAUCCUUAUUGUCCAAAUGACAGAUCCAUUCUUAGGGGAAUCAUUGGCUUAGUUUGAUGUUUUAGGUUGUUUUCUUGUAAAAUAGUUUGUUGAUAAUAGAAGAAUAGGAGAGGGUAUUGAGUGAAGUAUAGAGAUGCUCAAUGUGGUUGUGGAGGAAAUUCUGAAACUUUGGAAACUAAUAGUUGGAAAUGGAUGAUGGCUCAUAUCUAUUAUGCCAAAAAAGCUCCAAUGGCCUGUGGGUAGAGUACAGUAGCAUAGUGGAGAGCAGUGCACUAGAGUACAGCGAGUCCACAAGCCCGUCAAAGAUAUCUACUAUUGUUUGCCAAAGUUGAAUUAUAUUUUGGGGUUGGGGUCCCACGGUAUGAUAUAUGUAUGUUGGGUAUUUUGAUAAAUUGAGUUGAGAUAAUGUACCAAAAUUAGGGUCUCAGUCGGUGUUAGCCUAUAAAAUGCAACUCUACUAUCAUUCUGGUAUAUUGAAGUCUGAAGAACAACCACUCUUAUGGACAUGGGCAGGGAUUUUAUCGAACCACGCAAGGAUCAAAAUUUCAAAACGUUUCCAUUUC